AUGUCGACGCAUCCAGCGCGCCCAAUGGGACCCCGACGUGCGCUGCCCAAGCCACCUGCAGAGAUGGUGGCUGCGCUGGGACCACCGCCGUCGGCACUGGACCAACAUCCUCCGCAACCGGCGUAUCUGGGCGCACUCGGGCCGUCUGCGACACCGAUUCCUAGUCCGAUGCCCAGUCCUGGUCUGGGAUUCCAAACCCCGCCCCCGCCGCCUCCGUUGCCCAAUGCCAACACGUCCCUCGGCCCAGGCGACGUCAUGCGCAGUUCGCGUAUGGGUGUAUAUGGCCAGACCCAGCAGACCCAGCGCCCACAGCUCUCGCUCCAGCAGCCAUCGUACAGAAACGACCCACCGACGCCCAGUGUCGCACCGCUCAACAUCCAACGGGCCCGUCCUCGGGUAGAAGUCCCGCGCCAGGCGAUCCCAUCAGACAUCGACUCGGCCGAUGCCGACGACGAAAAGGUCAGUCGCAUCGUCACCAGGCGCGCAACCGGCGGAUCCAGGCCGAGCGGUCUCGGCCAGGUCAUCGACGAGCGCUCCCCGGUCCCGAGCGACAACUACCAGCAGUUUGGUGGCCACGAUCCUCAGCCAGUCUAUCCCCAGGGUGCCAGCUACCUCCAGCCCUACGACGCACCCUCUCCUGGCCCCACCAAGUCCCGUAUCGGCAAUCCUGCCAAACCACGUCCGGUCCUGGGUCUGCGCACCGCCUCGGGGAGCGCCCUUCCCGACGAGGAUGCUCCUGCUCAGCAACACCAAGUAGACACAUCUGCAAGUCUCCCAUCCCUCAAACCCAAACUCCAACUCGCCCUCGGGCCCGCCAAACCCAAACUCGGUCUCGCUAUGCCUGGUGCAUCAUCAUCAUCAGGAGGGGGACUAAAACUCGAUGUGAAUGCCCACCCACCGAGCGACGAAGACGACGACGCAGACUAUUCCUACUAUGGCUUCAAACCCAGUUCCAAGCGCGCUCCCUCACUCUCCCUCAGCGUUGGCGAGUUCCCAUCCGACGCCACCACUAUGCAGCCCAAUUCUACGACCACCAUGCGUCCCGGCACCCACACCGCCAAGCCCCAGGGCGCUGGUGGAGGCCUCGACGAGCUGCGUCGCGCCAUCGGAGAGCUACGCAUGCCUGAGCUCGAGGAAGAACUCGAGAUCAGGGGUCUGGGCCAGGGAAGUGGUAGUGGCAGCGGUGGUGUCGAGGGCGAGGAGCACCAAACUCAACCCCAAGAAUGGUCCGACGAGCUCCUCGAGGUCGUCAGCAGGCUUGGUGAAGGUGCCGGAGGUGCCGUGAGCAAAGUCGUCGAUAAACGCAACGGAAGGGUUAUGGCUCGAAAGACCAUCCCGACGGGCACGGUUCCCGCGCGCCAACUCUUGCGCGAACUCCAAUUCUCCAAACUCGUGCAUCCGAACCUCAUCGUCUGCUACGGCGCAUACAUCACCGCGCCUCCCUCGGACGAUAACAGCGGCGGCAUGUCGUCCGAGAUCCACAUCCUCAUGGAGCUCGGCGAAGGCGGCUCGCUCGACGCGAUCGCGCGCCAAAUGAAGACGCGGCACGCCAACGUGCGGAUCGGCGAAAAAGUUAUUGCGCGCCUCGCCGAGGGCGUUUUGAAAGGUUUGGACUAUAUGCACAGCAACAAGGUGACGCACCGCGACAUUAAACCGAGCAAUAUCCUCGUCACCAAGGCCGGCGUCGUCAAGUUGUGUGAUUUCGGCGUGAGCGGCGAGUUGGACAUGAGUCUUGCGAACACGUUUACCGGGACGAGUUGGUACAUGGCUCCCGAGCGCAUAACGGGCCAUCCGUAUUCGAUCCGCGCGGACGUGUGGUCCACGGGUCUCACGUUCCUCGAACUUGCGCAAAACCGGUUCCCGUAUCCGCCUGAUUUGGGACCUAUCGAAUUGUUGACGUAUAUUGUCAACGGCGAGGUUCCGGAACUCGAUGACGAACCCGGUGACGAAAAUGGAAACGGCGCGAUUCACUGGAGCGAUGGCAUGAAGUCGUUUAUCAAACAAUCUUUGCGCAUCGACGCGGCUACACGCCCGACGCCGCGGGAGAUGCUCCAGCACCCCUGGAUUCAGGAAAGUAUGGCCCGAAAACUUGACAUGUCCAAGUGGAUCCGGGAGGUGUGGGGAUGGGAAAAGCCGCCCAAGCUCAAGAGGACGAGCCAGCAGUCUUGA